UUCGACUAUAGCAUGAAGGCGCAACUCACAGUCAUAAAUUGAUCCCAAAGUAGUGUUACCUAUCUAUAGUUGCUUACUUUUCGUCGUCAUUCCUCGCUUCUCGCUUGAUUUUGCUCCUCUCUUUCCUCGACAAGAUCUUCGAGCAGUCCGAGUUUUCUUCCUUUGGAAAUCAAUAGCAUCUCUUGCCCAAUUGGUCCGACCACGAACGUUGCAAAUGUGUGGAAUCAUCGGUUUGUUACUGGCCAACGAAAAUGAGUUUGUCAACCAAAUGCUUUUUGACGGGUUGACGGUCUUGCAACAUCGGGGGCAAGAUGCUGCAGGUAUGGUGACGGCGGAACGCCGUCGCUUACAUUUGCGCAAAGACAACGGUCUGGUCAAGGAUGUCUUUCAGGCGCAUCACAUGCUCGAACUGCGCGGGAACAUGGGCAUCGGACACGUCCGCUAUCCCACCGCUGGCACCAGCAGUUGCGCCGAAGCCCAACCGCUUUACACAAACUAUCCCUUUGGAAUAUGCGUUGCGCACAACGGAAACUUGACCAAUACGGAAGACCUCACCCUGCGUGUGGAGAAAACCAUCGGUCGGCAUGUCAACACGGAUAGUGACUCCGAGCUUUUACUCAACUUGUUUGCGGAGUAUUUGACGGCAGAAACCCGCAAAGCUGACAGCCAUCAAAGCAAGACAACAACCAAUGGAAACUCUGAGGACGAUACCGAUUUCGACAUGAAAGAAGCUGUCUUUACGGCCGCAUCGCAAGUCAUGCAGAUCUGUCGCGGAGGAUACGCUGGGCUCUAUCUCAUUAAUGGCUUUGGUCUCGUUGGGUUUAGAGAUCCCCACGGAAUUCGUCCUCUCGUCUUUGGCUGUCGCAAAGCUGGUUCAAACGCGGACGAAUUAGACGAUGAAGGCAUUCCGGUCACCCCAGCGGUCAUGGGGAAUGCGGAACGGUCGUACGACUACGUGAUUAGCAGCGAGUCCGUCGCCGUUGAUACCCUGGGAUUCAAACUGAUUCGUUUGCGUAUUUUUUCUGUUUUUAGGGACGUAAACCCUGGUGAAGCCAUCUUCAUUGACAUGGACGGCAACUGUCAUACACGCCAGUGCCACAUGCCAAACUUGGCCCCCUGCAUUUUUGAAUACGUCUACUUUGCUCGACCAGAUUCUAUCAUGGAUGGUGUCAGCGUCUACGAAACCCGUCUCAAAAUGGGGGACAAGUUGGCCGGUAAAGUUUUGCGUGAAUAUCCCGAUCACGACAUUGACGUGGUCAUUCCCAUUCCCGACACUUCUCGCACAUCCGCGCUGCAAGCGGCUUACAAAUUGGACCGCCCGUUCCGCGAGGGCUUCAUUAAAAAUCGAUACAUUGCCCGAACCUUCAUUAUGCCAGGACAAGCAACUCGCCGGAAGUCGGUACGGCUCAAGCUCAACACAAUCAAGAGUGAAUUUGCCGGCAAAAAUGUUCUAUUGGUGGAUGAUUCCAUUGUUCGUGGUACGACGGCAAACGAAAUUGUUCAAAUGGCCCGGGACGCCGGUGCUCGCAAGGUCUAUUUUUCCAGUGCCGCGCCACCUAUUCGAUACCCUAACAUUUAUGGUAUCGACAUUCCGACGCGUGAAGAGUUGGUGGCAUACCAGCGUAACGAGGAAGAGAUUGCCAAAGAGAUUGGCUGCGACUGGGUUGUGUACCAGGAUCUGACGGACUUGGAAGAUUCCAUCAGAGAAGCAGCGCCGAAAGGGGUGGAACUGAAACAAUUCGAUACAAGUUGCUUUAGUGGCCAGUACGUAACCGGUGAACAAAUUGGAGACGAUUACUUUACCAGGUUGCACGAAGCCCGGAAUGACGGUGCCAAAGAGAAGAGAAAGCAACCUUUACAGGGUGGACCGUCCGCCAAGAAGCCCCAGCAAAGCAAUAACGGAUGCGAGUCGGUGAACAACGACAAGCGGGAAACGGUGGGAGAGGAAGGAGGCAGUUGCGAACCCUUGACGAAUCAACCGAUGGGGCUCGUGCGGUGA